AAGAAAACGCGUACGCGACACUAAGAGUUUAUGAUAACUGCGAAUGCUUCAUAAAUGAAUCUAAAAGAUCUAAAAAAAAUGCAGUAAACAUAUGCUUAUGCGAUGUUGACACACUCGCUACCGUGAUCAGCAAAGUGUGGAACUCGGACGCAUGUGCAGGAGGACAUCGCUUGACGCCUCCGCAGAAAACGAUCUUCGCAUUCGCAUUACCACUCACGUCCUCUUAAGGACUCAUCCGGGGCGAGCGUCAACAGUCACAU